UGCGCUCGGCCAGGCGUACUGAAACCCGCCCCUUUCCCCACAACCCCCCAAUUUGCGAUAUGAAUACUUCCCUGAUUCGUUUACCAGCGCUGUAACGUCGAAAUCUCGAUUCACUGGAGAAACACAGGGGUUAAAAUCACAAUAAUUCGUCGCUGAAGGCUUAUUUUCCCUGCUGCCUGUGCUUUAGUCUUUCCUAGCCCGGUCUAACAUUAGCUACUUGGUCUGGGUCCUGUGUCGCUCUCUUGUUAAGUUGGUACGAGGGCACCGAGACUGAAGUGACAUUUAGCUACGUUAACGUAAAUUCAUUCAUCCACAACGACAAUGGCAGCGCAGGAUUUUAAUUUCUUGCUUGCGACGGAUUCCUACAAGAUCACACACUACAAACAGUAUCCUCCAAACGUCAGCAAAAUCUACUCCUACUUUGAAUGCAGAAGAAAGAAAGGUUCCCAGUUUAGUGAAGUGGUGUUCUUCGGUCUUCAGUAUCUGCUGAAGAAGUACCUCACAGGCCCUGUGGUCACGGAGGAGAAGAUUCAGGAAGCCAAACUCUUCUACCAGAUGCACUUCAAACAAGCAGUGUUUGAUGAAGAAAGCUGGAGGAAAGUCCUCGAGAAACAUGAUGGCCGUCUUCCUAUCCGGAUCAAAGCCGUCCCUGAGGGCAGGAUUAUACCAAGAGGCAAUGUGCUCUUCACUGUGGAAAACACAGAUCCCAAUUUCUACUGGCUCACCAACUACAUUGAGACCAUGCUGGUCCAGAUGUGGUAUCCCAUUACAGUAGCCACCAUAUCCAGGGAGUUCAAAAAGAUCCUGGCCAAGCACCUGAAGGCAACCUCAGGAAGCCUGGAAGGCUUGGACCUGAAACUGCAUGACUUUGGCUACAGAGGAGUCUCCUCACAGGAGUCUGCAGCAUUAGGUGGAGCAGCUCACUUGGUUAAUUUCUGCAGUACAGACACAGUAGCUGGGCUGCUGAUGGCUCAAAGAUAUUAUGGCUGCCCGAUGGCUGGCUUCUCCAUUCCAGCAGCAGAGCACAGUACCAUCAUCUCCUGGGGGAGGAGCAGGGAGAAGGAGGCAUUUGAGCGAGUCCUGGACCAGUUCUCCUCCGGACCAGUUUCAGUGGUCAGUGACAGCUACGACAUCUUUAAUGCCUGUAAACACAUCUGGGGAGACAAACUGAAGGAGCGAGUCAUGGAGCGCAGCCAGGACUCCUGUCUGGUCAUCCGGCCAGACUCUGGAGAUCCCGCAGAGACUCUUAUUGAGGUCAUCAAGAUUUUAGAAGAGUGUUUUGGCUGUUCUCUGAACUCUGUUGGAUUUAAACUUCUGCCUUCUUACCUGCGAAUUAUUCAAGGAGACGGCAUUGACCUCAGCUCAGUGGAUGAGAUUCUUCAGAAGCUGAGUGAUGAAGGCUGGAGUGCUGAGAACGUCUUCUUUGGAUGUGGUAGCUCUUUGCUUCAGAAACUCAACAGAGAUACACUCAGCUGUGCCUUCAAGUGCAGCUAUGUGGAAACUAAUGGCAAGGGGAUGGACGUGUACAAGCAGCCGGUGACUGACCCAUCCAAGGGGUCAAAGAGGGGUCGAUUAUCACUGAGGAGAAACUCUGAUGGCUUCUUAGAGACAGUAGAGAGAGGAGCAGGGAAGCCUGAGGAGGACCUGCUGGUGACUGUUUUUGAUAACGGCAACCUGUUGCAGGACUACUCCCUGGAGGAGAUCAGGAAGAACGCUCGGCUGCGGGACGAGGAGCUGAAUCCCAUUCUACACAACCACGAACAAGAGCUGCUGCACAAUCAUAUCAUCAAUGGGAUUCAUUAGAUCAAGCACAAAGUCUCUCACCAUGCAUACAGUACUUCAGUGUUUAACAGGGUACACUGGAAUGAAGAUUGCAGGGUUUUAAAAAGGCACCUUUCUGAGUAUAAACUGAACAUGUUCAAGGGGAGUGAAAAGCUGUUUCUCAUAGCAGUCACCACCAAGCACUCCCAGCACCACCACAACCCCCCCCCCCCCCAAAACCCCCACCCCUGCCAUAUCAUCCUGAGGAGUCCAUUGAUAAUAGGUAGAUUAGCUUCUUUUAUUUUCUCUUCUGGUCAAAAACUCAGCCAGCACAAAAUACACUCCUUUGUCCUGGAAUGGCCAUGCCCAGAACUGAAGCUCAGGGUCAAUUAUGAUAAGCUAAGUUAGUUUUUAAUUUUUCCUUUUUUUUAAUUUAAAGAUAGACUUCCUGAAUUUGCAGUUGCUAUUAAACACUACAACAAAAUUAGGGAGUAUGUCUUUGAAGAUAUUUUCAUUGCUGGUGUGUAAUAUCUGUGAAUUGUCGUGCCAAAAAUUACCUAAGCCUCCAAAUAUUCCAAGCUUCCAUUUGAUUUCUUUUUCUAAGUUUUCUGUUAGAGUAGAAAAAUCUUUUAUUCAGCUUUUUAAACACUAAAAUUAACUAUAACAAAAUAUGAAUAGUAACUGUAUUACUGAUCAUUGUAACAGUGGUACAUCAUCAGGUAUGGGUUACACUGAGUGCUUAAUACACAAUAUUUCACUUAAAGUCAGUGUCAUCUCCCUUUAUCAGCAGAGCAGUAUAUUGCUCCAGCUUAACUUGCUGCCACUUAGUUUACUUUUGUUUUUUGACAGGUUACCAGUCACAUAGAUUCAUAACAGCUGGGUUUUCGUUUUCCUUGUGCAGAUCCAUAGUUAAGAUCCAGCCUCUAACAAUCAUAUAAUUCUUCAGAUUUCAGAUAUGAAAGGGAAACACAAACCAUGAACAGUAUAUAAAUUAAGAUAUUAUAACACUGGCCAGUAUUGCAAAAUAAAUAAAACAGACUGUGGUGUAUACCAGUUUGGUCAAAAAAGCUAAAUCUAUGAAACCAUACCUGUUGCUUCUGUGUCACGAUUUCUGAUGUCAUUGACCCACAAAGCACACUCUAUGGAAACCCAAAGUAUUACAUAUUCAAUAAAUAAAAAAGACAUUAUGAAAUAAUUAAUCAUAUGAAUAACCAAUAAUUUGUAAAAUUAUAAGAAAUUGAAAAUCAAGUUAUUAUUAUGAAAUGCUAUUUCAUUGUACUUUUUUGUAAUAAAAAUUUUAUUUGAUAUUUUAAAAGACCAAUUUUAUUUCAUAAUGGACCUUUUUAUGACAGUGAUAGUGUUAACAGCCCCUGCCUCAUGUAUCCUCUCUUAAGCUAGCAAGCUAAAACAUUGCUACCAAAUGUAGCCAGUUAGCUCCUGUUAGUUAGGGCAACAGCAAUGUCAAAGUAGUUGUGAAUCAACCAACUACAGAUUGCUGCUGUAAAUAAGAAUUACACAGGCAGUAAUUGCACCUCUUUUAUUUUUUAAGCCUUCGCUUAACAAGGCUGCUAAUACUACCAACCUAGCCAGUUUUUUGUUUUAGCUAGGCCAGCUUGUUAACUUAGAUUAUCAAUCAGCAUCGAAGCAAGGAGCCAGUGUUGGGAGUUUUAGCUAGCUCCUGGUGGCUUGAGCAACCACAUAAAUAAAAGGAUAUUUUUGUAUCUGUGUGUGUUUACCAUAAUAAUUUACAGCAGCAGUUAGGUAAUGGAUUCAGGAUUAAGCUCUUGCCAGCAGGAAAUAACUGGUUAAUUCUGGUAGCAGUUGCUGAGCUUGCUUGCCAAAGAGACAGGGGUCAUGUGAUUGGCUGACUGGUGAGAGGUGGUGACAACACCACUGUCAUGAAAAGUGACAUUAUGAUAAAAAACUUGAAAAGGUGAUUUUUUUUAAUGAAAAUAAAAAGUGAUGAAAUUUAAUAACUAGAAUGGGGCUCAGUAGAGCGCAUACCUUCGCCAAAGCAAAAAAUGCCUUCCAAACAUCUUGCAAUGUUAAGGAAAGUGAUAAAAUAUUCCUGGAUAUGCCCCUUUAACCAGAUCUGCAGUAAGAUUUAGUGGAUUCUUCCCUGGUCCAUGCCUCAUCCCUCCACAAAGUUUUUAGAAAAUCUGUUCAGUAUUUUUUGUGUAAUCCUGUUGACAAUAAACAAACUAAGAGGUCAUUCAGAUAGCAGAGACGUCUACCAAGGGCAAUGUCAAACAACAUACACCAGACUUCAGAGAAAAAAAUUCAAAUUCAUAUUAAAUGAUCUGGAUCUGCCCCAAAAUUUAAUGUGUUCUUCCCUUGCCAAUGCCCUCUCCCUCCACCAAGUUCGGUGCAAAGUCAGUACUUUUUGCGUAAUCCUGUUGACAAACACACCAACAAAAAGACACGGGUAAAAACAUAACCUCUUUAGUGGAGGUAAUAAUGAGCUGAGUUUUAAUGAUUUCUUAAAGGACUGCACAAGUUUUUGUUUCAUUUAUUUGUUUUACACUAUUUAUUCAUAUGACUGUUCAUUUUAUAAUUGUUAAAUUGAUAUUGAAAACUUUGGAAAACUUUCCAUAUAUUCCUUAAUUAUUAAGUCUUCUGAUAAAUUCUGCUGAUGUCCAGAUUUUUAGUUUAAUUCACUGGUUUCCGACUGUUAUGGUUUGUGACCCUUUUAAGUGAAGGAGUGUCUACCUGGGACCCCUCACCACUGGUUCUGUGCAUCUGUGAGCAGUUCAUCCAAAGAUUUUUAAUCAAAGAUUGAGGAGGUAUUUUGACUAAUUCAGUUUCCGUAAAUCCAAGGAAAUAGUGACUUUGAAGUAUUCUCUGAACUGAAAUUGAUGAAGGUACAGACACAUUCGCAUUUUUCUGUUUCCAUUUAAACACUACCAAAAUUGUUAAUGUCUUCUGUUUCAGCAAGAUAUAAUAGGGCAAAGUAUUUGUUUCUCCCGGAGAAUUGCAUAAUUAAGGAUGAUAUAACAAUAACUGAUGUACAAAUUCAACAAACAUGGUAUCCUGAAAUACUGAAAUCUGCAGUGAACAUGGCUCACGUAGUCAUCGUCUACAGAGAAAUAAAGGUAUCUGUAGGCACCUAUUGAUAGUAGUAAGACACCACACUGUGCUGUAAGUGCUUGUUUGCUUUUUUUUGCCUUCUGACCUUUGGACUGGAUUCCAUUAAAACAGUGGUGCUGCUAUAAAGGCACAUUGCACCUCUCUCUCAUCUGUUCACACGGAAUUGAUGCACCCUCUGUCAUGUGUAAUUUCAAUGUGUUUAAAGGUGGCAAGAUAAUUCAGUAUAAUUCUUCAGUAUCUUGAGUGAUUACGACAAAAUUCUGUUAUUGAGGUGUAAUGGCUUACGGUUCUCACACCUAAAUAAAUGGUAUGUAAAAUUGGCUUUUCUGGAGGUUUUGACCUUCUAAAACACAUUAUAAACAUUUGAAUUAGUUUAAUGAAUAUAAAAUAGUUUGGUCACGGGAUUUUUAAUAUUUUAGUAAUUAAGCUAACACCAUUUUCAUAUUGAGAUAAUGCAUCACUCAUAUUACAUAUAGUUGAUUUGAUGAUACAGUGAUGAUGCUUCGGACUUUAUCAGCAGGAAACUGGGCAUGUCAUCUUCAAACACAACUCAAACUUAUUUCACAAGUUUUUUGUUGUCAACCUACAAAGUGAUUUUUUUUAUUUAAAAUUUUUUGGUAUCCUUUGCUGUUUGAUACAGUUUGGAUUUUGACUAAUACUUUGUUUAUUUUUGCAGAUAAACAUUAGAAGACAGACCGGGUAUUAAAUUGCCUUCACUAAAUUUAAAGUUAGCAUGUAAUUGUUCACAGCUAAAAUGACUGCAUUAUGUGGUAAAAUAUACUGCACUGGGGAAAUUCCACAGCCAUAGAUGAUAAAGAUACUGGUGAAGAGAACGUAGGGGAAAACUUUUAUUAAAAGUCAGGGGUGUUUUUUCAUUUUUUUAUCAACAUUAAAGGAAUUUUUUUUAAAUUUACUGAUAUUCUCCUACAGAUAAAGCCUCUGAUGCAUUCCACCACUUUUAUGAUGAAGCAAUAAGUCUUAAUGUGCCAGUGUUCACUCAACCUUCUUUAUUUACAACCUCUACACAAGGGGCAUUAUUACCUCAAUCAAAAACGUAUAGAUAGUUUAGCAAACACGCACACACACAUAUAUAUAUAUAUAAAUAUAUCAGCCACGACAUCAAAACCAGUAACUCGUUUGAAUGUUGUGGCUGAUCGGUGUUUGUAAGUAUAUUUUGUAAAUAUCCUUUUCAAACUGAUUUGCUUUUAACUGAUCUGUACAUUUUAAAUGUUCUUCAUAUUUGAUUUUUUUUUUUGUUUCAA